AUGGAAGAAGAGGAUGGUGGCAACGAUGGGCUGAACAAGCAAAUCCUCAUUCAGUUUGUGAACCAUGAAAAUAAGUCAACGGGCCCAGUAAUCAACGUGCCCCUGAGCAUAACAAAGGAUAACUUGGAUCAACUCAUUAAUGAUUUAAACACAAAAAAUGACAAUUCUGUUGAAGACGAUUACGAACAAAAUAUUAAUUAUUCCUUUAUGGUUAACGAUAAAUUAGCAUUAAAAAAUAAUCUGUAUGACACCAUAAAGAAUAAUAAUAUAAGUAGGGAAGAUAUUUUACGUAUAAAAUAUUUCCCCUUAAAUAUUUUUAAAAUUAAAAGAAUUACCACAUGCAAUUCUACAUUGCCUGGUCAUACAAAUUCAAUUCUCUGUUUAGCGUUCAGUCCAAAUAGCUCCCAUCUGGCUACUGGUGCAGGAGACAACACAGUUCGCUUGUGGGAUAUUAACACAAAAACUCCAAUAGUCACAUUAAAGGAUCACACAAACUGGGUCCUCUCCGUUUUGUUUUCCCCGGAUAAUAAAUUUCUAGCCACAGCGGGUAUGGACCAAAAUGUGUUUAUAUACGAAACGCACACAGGAAAAUUAGUAAAUAAAUUAAGUGGACACAAAAAGGAAGUGACAACCUUAUGUUUUGAGCCCCUCCACUUGCUCAACAAAAACUCCAUACAGAAAAACACGCAUGAGGUUAGGAAGAGGAAAAAGGACAACGAAACGGAAAAGGAGGACACAAGGAAUGGGGCCAAAAGGGGGAAAUCCGACGCAGAAACGGAAUUGGGCACAGCUUCUGAUGGCCCCCCAAAUGGAUACAGCCAAGUGAUAGAAAAUGGAACGAAAAUGGCAAACGAAAGUAACGUAACGGCUGACCAAUACGAAACGAAUAAUGACAACAUAGGAGGAGCCCCUCACAAAAGUACCUACUUUCUAAAAUGCAGACUGGCUACCGCAGGCAAAGAUGGCUGCAUCCGAAUCAGCAACGUCAUGAACAACUGCGUGGAGAAAGUUCUCACAGGACACACAAACACAAUCACAUGCAUACUAUGGUCUGGCACGGAUCAGGAGAAUAGCAGAAUAUACAGCAGCUCCAGAGACACCACCAUCAAGGUAUGGAACCCUAACGAUGGAACCCUUAUCCACAAUUUUAAAGGACACAAACAUUGGGUUAAUUGCCUCUCCAUAAACACAGAACGGAUAAUCAAAAAUGGAAUUUAUAACCUGGACGUUAUAAUAAACAAAAUACAUAUAGAAAAUCAUAUUGAAAAAUCGAAAAAAAUUUUUAAUAAUUUUUUCCACACCGUAAAAAAUGAAAAACUAGUAAGUGGAUCAGACGAUGGAACACUGUACCUUAUUGAGUGUCUACCAAAUGAUGAAUUCAAACCAACCAGAUUAAUAGGUCACCAGAAAACAGUUAUACAUGCACAGUUCUCUCCAGAUGGAAAAUUUAUUGCUUCAUGUUCCUUUGAUAAUACCGUUAGAGUAUGGUCAUCAAGUGAUGGCCAAUUUUUAACUGUCUACCGUGGACAUGUGGGACCUGUUUACAAAGUUGUUUGGUCCAUUGAUAAUAAUUAUGUGGUUUCGUGCAGCCAAGAUAGCACCUUGAAAUUGUGGAAGGUCAGCCAUCUACUGGCUCAAUUAAAAAACAAAAAGGUAACUCCCUCGGGGGAAGAAGACUCAACCGCCUCCACUAAUGGGACUUCCAAACACCAGCAAGGGAACAGCGAUCCAAGUGAAAAAAAAAAAAAUGACAAGGACUGCCCUAACGGAAAAAAUAACAAAAAAGUACAAACACUUCUAGUCGACCUGCCGGGACACUCAGACGCUGUGUACGCCAUCGACUGGUCCAACGACGGCAAAUUUGUCGCCUCUGGAGGGAAAGACAAGCUUUUGAAGAUAUGGUCCUACUAA